AUGCCGUCCAUCACCACCCUCACCACCCUCGCCCUCGCCGCCCUCACAGCCGCCGUUCCCCUCACCACCCCAGCGGCGCCUUGCAACUCAUCCGAGUUCACCAUGACGCUGCAAUACGGCUACCCGCCCACCAACCUCUCCCUCACCGCCAUCGACAGCGACAACCCAGGCACCCUCAAUAUCGUCGGCCUCGAUCCUGCCUCUUACCGCGGAACGCCAGUGAAGCAAACCGGCAACACAACCAACUCCCACCUCAGCUUCGACAUCCAGGCGGGCGACGACUGCGAGACCUCCCAGACCGGGCAGUUCAGCAUCUACGUGCCUGAUAUGGGCGAGCUGUACGGACAACAGCAGCCGAUCACUGCUACGAAGGGCGGGAUGUCGUCGGAGAUGUUCGUGGGUGGGGGAGUGGUGUUUCCGCAUUUGACGGCGGCUUCGCAGAGUUGGUAUGGUGAGUUUGACAAUUCCGUGCUUGUCGGUUGA